AUGGGAAACAACCAGUCAUCGGGUUCCAAGUCGGCCAUGCCGUCGUCGUCACAGCCACCGACCUCGUCCCCUACCACCACCACCACUACCGCCGUCUCCUCGCACGACGCAGCACGACAUCUCACCACCGCCGGCAUCCCCUCUUCGCGCACCAGCAAGGACUCGUCGGCGUCCUCGUCAGCGCGCAACAUCCUCCCCGCCCAGGCCCCUCACCGCUCCGCCGCCGCCCCUCCCGAGCCCUCGCUCGCCCAGGCCCAGGGUUCGACCUCCACCGCGUCCUCGUCGCGGCCCAAGAGCAUCUCGGCCGCCAGCUCGUCCCUGCCGCCCGUCUCCUCCCUCGCCGGCUCGCCACACAACACCGUCCCCGGCUCCCACCACCAGCCGGCCCCCGUCCCUGCCGCAGCGCCUAUACCCAUCGCCGAGCCCUCCAAGCCUGUUGACGUCCCCGGAGUUGGCGCCGGCACUCCCGGCUUCUCCCGCACCCCGGGCAUCAACCGCACCGACUCCGAGAUGGCUGAAGCGCACCUCAUCGCCAGCGGCAGCAUCACCGACAUGUACAAUGCUCGACCGCCCCGCCUGCCGCUGCCCAUCGAGGAAGAGGUGCAUACGCCUGGCUCGCCUAUUCUGGGCCCCGACGAGACGGCCGCGGGAGGCGAGAUCCCCGAGCUCGAGCACGAGUCUUCGGACGGUCUGACGAGGAAGAGCUCCGGCAUCAGCCAGACCACAUUUGAUGACGAGGACUCGCACGAACUACGCGUUGACAGAUCCCGCCCCGUCGUGCCUACACGGAUCGAAUGGAACGGCGGAGGUGAAAAGGUCUAUGUCACCGGAACCAUCUUCCAAUGGAGCAGAAAACAACGUCUGCACCCGGUCGAGGGCAAGCCGGGAUGCUUCGCCGGCAUCAUCUACGUGCUCCCAGGCACUCACCAUGUCCGCUUCGUCGUGGACACCAUCAUGAAGACGUCGCCUGACCUGCCGACUACGGUCGAUUUCGGUAACAACUUGGUCAACUACAUCGAAGUCAGCGCCGAGAUGGCCGCUCAGCCGCUCGCCGAGGCGGCCGUGCCCGGUCCCGACGGCCAGGUCAAGCCUAUCGUCCCUACCGCCACCACUGCCACCACCACUACCGCCGCCACUCCCUCGGCAGAGGAGCCGCCCAAGCCCGCCAAGUACAAGGCCAUCCCGCCGCGCGACAGCUACCGCCGCCAGAUCCCCAAGUACCUCGUCGACUUUGACCAGGCCGAGGAGUCGCCCGCGUACCAAAGCGCCGUCAGCGCCAUCGAGAAGCUCCCCACCCCGCCCGGCCUGCCCGGCUUCCUCAGCAAGCCCAUCCUCAACGCGGCCACGCUGAUGAAGGACGACAACAGCGUGCUCAACAUGCCCAACCACACGGUGCUGAACCAUCUCGCCACCAGCAGCAUCAAGAACAAUGUCCUCGCCGUGUGUGCGACGACGAGAUAUCGCGGCAAGUAUGUGACGACGAUAGUAUACAAGCCCACCUCUGCGGACGAGGGCUAA